AACAACAUGGCCUCCCCCUUACGUCGUUAACGUUCUCAUGUCAAAGUUAUAUCGUACAUUUUGAAUUAAAACCACACAUUUACAGUUUACCGAUAGUCUGACGCGGUUUCUACAUCUUUGCACAUAGUCAUGUUCCCGGUUGUCGGCGGCAGGAGCGCCCGGGUGGCCCGGCUCCUCGCACCCAGGAGCGCCGUGCUCGUGGCGGCUGUCCGCGGCCGAAAGUCCCGCAGCGACCCGGUGGCUAAGUCCAAAGAGGGGCGCAUUAAAGUUCCUCCGCCCGUCGACCCGGUGGAGAUGGUGGUGUUGAAGGAGAGAUACACGGAGUACCAGCUUAUCAUGAGGGCGCUUCGUCUGGAGUUCAAGGAGGGGGUUAUACGGAAGAAGUAUGAGCAGGAGACGGGCUCGCGGGCAGAGGAGAGAGCCAGGCAGGAGGAGGGGGAGCACCGAGCCCUGAUGGAAUGGAACAACCAGGAAAAUCUCCGCAUACUCAAACUGAGAAUGAUCAGGGUCCAGAAGGAGAAGGAGGAAGCCGAGCAGAAGAAGUUGGAGGCCAUCAUGAAGCGCGAAGAAGAACAGCAACAAUUCAUGAAGGAGAAAGAGAAGGAAAUUUUGCAGCUGCAGGAGGAGGCAAAGAACUUCAUCACCCCGGAGAAUCUGGACCAGCGCAUCGAGGAAGCUCUGGACAAUCCAAAGAAUUACAACUUUGCCAUUGACAAAGAAGGAAGAGUGAUUAAACAGACGGUGCUGCAGUGAAGCAGCAGACGGACGGAGAAAGAUGAUGCCUCCCUCUCGCUCUCUCUCUCUCAGUGGAAGGGAAUUGGGUUUUUUUCCCACAUGUGAACUCUGACAAACAUUUGGGCUGAGGCUGAAGCUGCACCUGUAAACUUAGGGCGUAUUUCUGCGUACAGUAUGGAUUUUAAAGUACAUGUACGAGUGUGGAGUCGGCUUAGAUUUGGACAUAAAGUUACCACAUUUCUCUCCCUGGAUGUUUUCGGCCAGGCUGCCUUUAUUUGUCCACGAUAUGUAAUGUACAUACAUUAAAUUAAUGUUAAUUUGA